AUGGAGGAAUUUUUCUCAAACCUAUAUCAAGUGAAUCUAAUAACUGCCGGAAUCUCAUUGGCGUGCAUACUAUUCAUCAUACUUGUUCAACAGGUGCUUCAGCCAUACCUGCGCCGCAAGUUUAAGAUUAAGAUACCCGUCCCCUCCGAUAUCGCUAUAGUAGUUAUCAUAACAUUAAUCUCAUGGCUAUUAAGUCUUAACGAUAAACAUAUGGUGGCUAUUGUUGGAGACGUACCAAACGGACUACCAUCACCAAAGUUACCUACAGUUAAACUGUUCUCGUUGUUAAUAUGGGAUUCAAUAAUGAUAUCUAUUGUCUCAUACGUGGUAUCGGCGUCUAUGGCCAAGACGUUUGCCAACAAGAAUCGCUACAAAAUCAACCCGAAUCAGGAACUGUUGGCAAUGUCUGUGGCCAACGUGUUUGGCUCGUUCUUCAGC